AUGGAUAUUAAUUUAGAGGAGGUGUCAUUGGAUGAGGACUUGAGUGCUGAUGAGCAGUUGCCAGAACUUGAGCCAUUACAUCUGGAAGAGAGUUUUUCUUUCAUGAACGAUGUUCUUCAACGUGAUCUUGAGCUGCCAGGUGAGCCCGUUUUCGAGCCAGGAACAGCUUCUGACCAGGGUCCUGUUCAGGAAGAAGGUGGAGAUGGAGACGGUGGGCAAAUUGAGGCUGAAGUUGACCAUGCCUGCACCUCGGAAGGUACAAACAACAUUGAAAUUAAUCGACUGGAUUGGAACAUGAUCGUGACCAGUUCGUUCGAACAAUACAAACAAGUUGACCCUGCUUUGAAGUUGCCCUGGGAAAAUUCAGCUAUGCACGGUUUGUUCAAUCAAAGCCUGGCACUCGGUCUGCCCAGAGUUCAUGGUGUAAUUCCACAACUUCCUGACCUUGUCGAAGAAAAGCUGACUCCUCCAACUCUUGGAGGGGAGAUUGCUGAAUGUGGAGGUGCUGCGUAUUUGCGAGCAGUUAGCGACAUCAAGGAUUUGGAUUACAUUGAAAACAAAAAUUUGCAGACUGAGCUUGCUUGUUCCAAGUGGAUGGAUAUCCUUUCCAUUGACUGGCAGGGCUCAUCAAUUGGGAAACAGGUGUGCCUGGAUCUGAGAGCUGACCCAAGUGGAGGCGAUGCGGCAGAGACCGUCAGGGCUGCGUUUGGCACCAAGAGCCAUUCAACACUACAGAAACGUGCAAAUGCGUUGAAACGAUACAUCUUGUGGCACAGGGAUUUCUAUUGCGAUGACCUGCAAGCAGGCAAUGUGUUUCCCUUAAGAGAAAUUCAUGUGUGGGACUUCUUCAAACACUUGAGAGAGAUCCGCAUAGUUGGCCUGAAGGGAUACACGGCACCUGCAACAUUCCUUGAGACAGUGAGGUUUUGCAAGUUCACCAUUGACCUAGCAGGAGCUGAUGACAUUUUGACAUCAAGACGUCUUCAAGGCUUUGCAGCGCUUGAGAAGCGGGCCAAGGGACCAACAAAGCAAGCCCCGCCCUUGGAAUUGGAGCAUCUACAACGGCUGCAUGGAAUCUUGCAAAGUGAUGCUAACAUUGUUGAUAGGAUUGGAGCUGGCUGCAUGCUCAUUUGCAUCUAUGGCAGGGCCCGGUGGAGCGACUUGAGGUACAUUGAUCAUAUCGAGGUGGAAUCGAGGCGCAACGGAUGUUUUGUCUUGUACACCCGUGAACACAAGACUUCAAGCAUUGGUGAUAGGCGUGAACAGUACCUGCCUCUGGUAGUGCCAUGGGAGGGUGUCACAAACGACAACUGGCUCGACACUUUCCUUAACCUCUACCUGGAGGCAGGGUUGGACAUACAGAAGACUCCACUGGGCCCUUUGAUGCCGGCGCCGAAGACUGGGGGGGGCUUUUGUGCUCGCCCCCUGAGCACCCCGGAGGCAUCCAAAUGGUUGCGAGAAUUACUGCAUGGAACAAAGGAUUGUGGCAGCAUCAGGGCGCAUUCAAUGAAGGCUACAUUGCUGUCGUGGUGCGCCCGGGCUGGCAUGGACAAGGAGAUACGUGCAGUGUUAGGUCACCAUUGCAGUGCAUUGACUGGAUCGGACGUCGUGUACUCGCGCAACCUGCAGGUUCGACCGGUUCGAAAACUCCAGAUGUUGCUGCGACUCAUUCGCAUAGGAAUGGGACUUGAGGACAUUGCUGACCAAGGGCAGAUUUCAUCUGUCACCCCUGCAGGUAGGACGCCCGCACCUCAGUUGGGAGUCCAUGGGACAGCUGCCAUGACACCUGUCUUGCCGGUACGGAAGGAGGCAUGUGACGCAGUGAGCCAGGCGGUUGAGUCUGCAAACAAUCAGGAGGAUUUGUUGGAGGUGAAGGAAGAGACUCUGACUGAGGCAGGGUUGAACGAAGCGGCACAUGGUUUGACACUUUUUCCCGCUUCCAUUGUUGACUUGGGAGUCAUCGAGAUAGACAGCUCUUCGGGUAGUGACAGUGAAAGCGACACAAGCACGUCGAGCUUGGAUGAACCGCUGAACCGCUCUGAAGGAGUUGACCCCGUUUUUGAGGAAAUUGUCCCCGAAGGCCUUUGCUAUUACAAGCACUUGAAGAGCCAGCGAGUGCAUAGCUCAGUGAUUGAUUCGACCAUGACAAAAUGCAAGUUGAGGCUAAACUCAAACUAUAAACCGUUAGACCGUUUGUUGCAUUUCAAGUUUCCAAAGUGUUUGCAUUGCUUCCCAAAGGAUCCUGACAGAGUCAGGACCAGGGAAGAGGCGGUGGCAGCUUUUGAUGCGGCCAUUGAGAGGGUUCGAAAGGCCAGGCGACAGCUUGACAAGUGA